UAAAAAGGUGUGCAAUCUUAAACAGCUUCAAGAGUUUAUAAGAAAGCUCGCAAUAUUGUUAUACACUCUUCAGUUGUGACAAUACAAAAUUGCAACAAUACACAAAAUAAUAGAUAUGAGCUCUCCGAUCGGUGCGAUGAAAGUCACUAUAUUGGAUGGAAAUGAAUCUCCCGGAGAUGCAAGUAUUGUAUACAAGGAAUAUAUUAAAGAAAAUUCUAGUACUAAAGUAACAAGUAAAUUUGUUAAACAAAGUCGAGGAUAUGGCGGUCAACAAAAAGAAACGGAGAAAAUAACGAGGGAAACUUUGAAAGAAAUGCGAGAUGACAUUGUCUUAUGGAUUAAAGAUACCAAAGAAAGUAUUAAGUGUCUCCGAGAACUGGCUGACGAAAUCGAAGACCUGUUUAAAAAAACGUCCAAGGCUAAAAUAGGAGGUUCUGCAGCUUCUAUUGCUGGUGGAGUUGUAGCUAUUGUUGGCUUUGGUCUCUCUUUUGUCACGUUCGGCACAUCACUGAUUUUAACCAUUGCAGGUGGGGUAGUCGCAGGAGCAGGCGGUGUGACAACAGGUGCUGCGUCUGUUGUAAACCUUGUUAAGUCGUCAACUAAAACCAAAGCUGCGGAAGAGGCUAUAAAAAAGUAUAACGAGCAAUCAGACAAAAUAAAAAUGAAAUGUAUCGAACUUUCGCAAGGCACUGAAGACAUUGAUAGAACAAUACCGGAAUGGGUACGCUUUUGGGGGAAACUUACACAGGGAUGUGCAUCUACAGCUGUGAACGCUAGCUGGUCUGUUGUCGGGAAAACCAUCAUUAACAGUUUGAAGCUUUCGGGAAGUUUAGCGGGAGAUGCAUCUAACGCUGGCAAGACGUUAUUCCGUGUUGCAGGAACGGCUGCACGUGGUGCUCAUAUCGCUGGUGGUGUGGUCGGAAUACUUUUACUUCCGAUUGACUUGCACACUCUUGUCACCUCUGCUGUAGAUGUUGGAAAAGGAAAGAUUCCCGACUCUGCUAAAGCAAUAAGGGAGGUAGCUGAUAAGAUGGAAAAGGGAUGUCCUACUAUAGAGGAAGUUGAUGAAAUGACUAAACGUACAAUAAAUCGACUUUAAAAGCAUAUCGAAGACGAUUUCUACAAAAACUACGUUCCUGCAUGUCUAAAAUGUUUACAUUUUUGUUAAUUCAAAUCUAAACUCUAACUAUCUGUGCAUUAAAAUGACCAAAUACUUAUAGACGUGUAAUCAAGCUUAACAACCCAAUUAUGUAUGAAAAUUACAAUAUGCAAAGUAGGCGUUAUUAUCUAAUUUAAUGAGUUUAACUAUUAAACCAUAUCUGCCAUGUGACAGUUUAUUGAUAUUUGUGAAAGAUGAUUUCCGUUCGGGGGUAUAUUAUUAUGUUUAGCCACAUCUCCUUUCGUUGAAGUAGUUAGAAACAUUAUUCGGAUGAAAAACAGAUCCUAAUUAAUGCUAUAAUGCUAACAUUAGUAGAUCUGAACUUGAGUCUUAUUGUUAGAAACAAUCAUCUAUCUAAUUAUGCUUUUCUCAAACAGUAAAUUUAAUGCAUUAUUUUUAAUAGAUUGGCUUUGAAAUGCUGCAUUACAUUUCUUAUACGAGAACCUUGCCCAAAGUCAAAUAAAUUCUUAACUUUUACUAAAUAACGAUUUAUACAUUUAGUAUUGUAGUUGCAAUGCCAACUGUAAAGAGUUAGAUCAGAUUUCGUGCGGUGUUAAUAGGUCGUGCUUAGAUAAGGAUUUAAAAAUUAUUAUCCUAAAACUGUCAAUUUUCCGAUUUGGCUAGCUUCAAGGCAUACACAUUUACAAAGUAUGCAUGAAUUGUUAUUCCUUUCAAAAUUAUUUUCUAGCAACAUAAUGCAGUUUCACUCCUAGAUCAGCAUGUGUGUGAGGCAUAUGUCAUGUUUGUGCUACUUCUUUGUACAUGUAUCAUUGAAAUUACCUGCUUUAAAAUCUGGCAUAUAUGCAUAACAAAUGUGUCUCGACCCUUUAUCAGUGUUAUCCGGGGUGGUCUGGUUGUAUUACGCUUGCUUUGGAAUAGGAUUCGCCUUACACUGUAUAUAUGUAUGCGGACAAUCUUAAUAUCCUUAAACAGAGUCAUGCUUUACUCCAUUUAGGCCGUGUGAAACUACCAGGGCAGAAUAUUUCUGUAGAGCCAUAACAUGAGCAGCGGUCGUGUUCUUUUAGUAUCAAAAUGAUUAUGUGUAACAUGUAUAUUAUAGAGGUCAGUGAAACGAUAUGAAAUAAGUUGUAAAAAAUAUUACAUAACAAAUAAUUUUCAUAUUUAAGUUAAACGUUUUUUUACUUGUGAUGCUUU